UGCUAUUGUAUAUGUUGCACAUUACAUGUUCAACGAAAUGCAUUUGUUGAUAUACGGAGUAAUGCAAUGCGUUUGUAGAUUAUUGCUGCUGCAAGAGAUGUUGAAGAGAAUCAAAACAAAUAUGCACCCUACAAUAUUCUUCCACUGGAUGCGGCUGGGGCUUCGCAGUCCAUCAUUCAGCUUGAAGAGGUUAAAGCUGCCAUCUCUGCAUUAUGGAACCUUCGUGGCUUAAACUGGCCACUUGCAUCUGAGCAGCAUCGGCAGAAAACCAAUGAUCUUGAUCUUUUUGACUGGUUGAAAGCAAUGUUUGGAUUCCAGAAAGACAAUGUUCGAAAUCAGCGAGAGAAUUUGAUUAUAUUACUUGCAAAUGUUCAUAUAAGGCUAAAUCCAAAACCUGAACCUAUGAACAAGCUUGAUGAUAGAGCCGUUGAUUCAGUAAUGACCAAACUCUUCAAGAACUACAAAACAUGGUGCAAGUUUCUGGGUCGAAAGCACAGUUUGAGACUACCUCAAGGUCAACAUGAAGUUCAACAAAGGAAAAUUCUCUAUAUGGGCUUAUAUCUUCUCAUUUGGGGUGAAGCAGCAAAUGUGCGUUUCAUGCCAGAAUGCCUAUGCUACAUUUUUCAUAACAUGGCAUAUGAACUUCAUGGAUUGUUGGCUGGAAAUGUCAGCAUUGUAACAGGAGAGAACAUAAAGCCCUCAUAUGGUGGAGAUGAUGAGUCUUUCCUUCGGAAAGUUAUCACUCCUCUCUAUCGAGUUAUUGAAAAGGAAGCCCAGAAAAGCAAAAAUGGGAAGGCGCCUUACUCUACAUGGUGUAACUAUGAUGAUUUGAAUGAAUAUUUCUGGUCAUCUGAUUGUUUUUCGUUAGGCUGGCCAAUGCGUGAUGAUGGAGAAUUUUUUAACUCAACCCGUGAAGCUGUUAAGGGUAGAACGACCUCUCAGGACAGCUCUAAGAGCACAGGAAAAUCAAAUUUCAUUGAAACGCGAACAUUUUGGCAUAUCUUUCGAAGUUUUGAUCGUUUGUGGACAUUCUAUAUACUCACUUUUCAGGCAUUGGUGAUCAUCGCGUGGAGUCAAGCCCCACUAUUAUCUAUUUUCAAGAAAGACAUCUUAUAUCAUGUUUCAAGUAUUUUUAUCACUGCAGCUUUUCUUCGCUUGCUUCAAAGUGUGCUGGACAUGAUUAUCAAUUUCCCACUGAGCCGUAGGUGGUCAUUCAUGGAUGUUAUUAGAAGUUUCUUGAAAAUAAUUAUUAGUUUUGCGUGGGCCGUAGCUCUUCCGCUCUUUUAUAUGCAUUCCUUCAAUGUGGCACCUCAGCAAAUUCGAGAUAUUCUAUCAUUUCUAGGGCAAUUGAAGGGUGUUCCUGCUCUAUAUAUGAUGGCGGUGGUUUUAUAUUGUCUCCCUAAUAUACUGUCUGCAACACUUUUCCUUUUUCCUAUGCUUCGUCGUUUUAUUGAAAACUCUGAUUGGCAUAUUGUAAGGCUUCUGAUGUGGUGGUCACAGCCUAGAACUUAUGUAGCCAGAGGAAUGCAUGAAAGUCAAUUUUCUCUCAUAAAGUAUACAUUGUUUUGGCUACUACUGCUGGCAUCAAAGCUCGCUUUCAGCUACUUUGUCAUGAUAAUCCCCUUGGUGAAGCCAACAAAAGACAUAAUGGACAUUAAAAAAGUUGACUAUCAAUGGCAUGAAUUUUUUCCUCAUGCUAAGCAUAAUUUUGGGGCGGUUGCUUCUCUUUGGGCUCCAGUUAUCUUGGUUUACUUCAUGGAUACUCAAAUUUGGUACUCUAUAUACUCAACAAUUUAUGGUGGUUUUAUAGGAGCAUUUGAUCGUCUAGGAGAGAUUAGAACUCUUAGCAUGCUGAGAACACGAUUUCAAUCUCUACCUGGUGCUUUCAAUGAUUGUCUGGUGCCUUCUGAUAAGUCGCGAAAACGUGGUUUCUCAUUGGCAAAGCGCUUUACUGAGGCUAAUGCAAGCAAGAGAAGUGAAGCAGCUAGAUUUGCUCAGCUUUGGAAUGAAAUAAUUUGUUCUUUUAGGGAAGAAGACCUUAUUAAUGACAGGGAGAUGGAUCUGCUACUCGUGCCUUAUUCGUCAGAUCCUAGUUUAAAAAUUAUUCAAUGGCCACCGUUUUUGUUGGCAAGCAAGAUCCCAAUAGCAUUGGAUAUGGCGGUUCAGUUUAAACCUAAGGAUGCUGACCUUUGGAAGCGAAUAUCUGCUGAUGAAUAUAUGAAAUGUGCUGUGAUUGAAUGUUAUGAAUCCUUCAAGCAAGUUUUCAACAUUCUGGUUGCUGGAGAAACGGAGAAAAGGAUUAUUUCUGUCAUUAUAAGAGAGAUUGAAAACCAUAUCUCGAAGAAUACUUUUCUUACAAAUUUCAGAAUGAGCGCUUUACCCACCCUUUGUCAAAAAUUUUUGGAGCUCGUGGCCUAUUUGAGAGAUGGAGACUCUUCAAAAAGAGAUAGUGUGGUGUUGCUACUGUUAGACAUGUUGGAAGUUGUUACUCGUGACAUGAUGGUGAAUGAUAUUCGUGAGUUGGCUGAACUUGGAAAUAAUAGUGGCAAGGAUGGAAAACAACUUUUCCAAGAUAUAGUAUUUCCCCCUAAGAUUACACCACAGUGGGAAGAACAGAUUCGACGCCUUUAUCUACUUUUGACGGUGAAGGAAUCCGCCACUGAUGUUCCCCAAAAUCUUGAAGCGCGAAGAAGGAUUGCAUUUUUCUCAAAUUCACUAUUUAUGGAUAUGCCACAGGCUCCUAAAGUUCGAAAGAUGCUUUCUUUUAGUGUCCUUACUCCGUACUACAGUGAGGAAACAGUUUACUCUAGAAAUGACCUUGAAAUGGAAAAUGAGGAUGGUAUAUCCAUUAUAUACUACUUGCAAAAGAUCUUUCCAGAUGAAUGGAACAACUUUAUGGAAAGAAUGAAUUGCAAGAAAGAGCUUGAUGUUUGGGAAAAUGAAGAGAAUGUUCUACACCUUCGCUAUUGGGUUUCAUUGAGAGGACAAACUCUCUGCAGAACAGUGCGUGGGAUGAUGUACUAUCGGAGGGCUUUGAAACUUCAGGCUUUUCUGGACAUGGCUGACGAACAAGAUAUCUUGCAAGGUUAUAAGGCAGUCACAACUCCAAUGGAAGAGGAGAAGAAAUGCCAGAGAUCUCUUUAUGCACAAUUAGAAGCUGUUGCUGAUAUGAAAUUCACUUAUGUUGCAACAUGUCAAAAUUAUGGUAAUCAGAAGCGUAGUGGAGAUCGUCGUGCUACGGACAUUUUGAAUUUGAUGGUCAAUCAUCCAUCUUUACGUGUAGCAUAUGUGGAUGAAGUUGAAGAAAGACAAGGGAGUCAAAAAGCACAAAAGGUGUAUUAUUCUGUACUGGUUAAAGCUGUUGAAAAUCUUGACCAAGAAAUAUACCGUAUAAAGUUGCCGGGCCCAGCAAAGAUAGGUGAAGGGAAGCCUGAAAACCAAAACCAUGCCAUAAUUUUCACCAGAGGAGAAGCCCUUCAGGCCAUAGAUAUGAAUCAGGAUAAUUACUUAGAAGAGGCUCUGAAAAUGCGCAACCUCCUGGAAGAAUUUAAAGAACACCAUGGAGUGCGUCCAGCUACAAUUCUAGGUGUUCGUGAGCAUGUCUUCACAGGAAGUGUCUCUUCUUUGGCUUGGUUUAUGUCAAAUCAGGAGACAAGCUUCGUUACUAUUGGACAAAGAGUUCUUGCAAGACCAUUGAAGGUUCGUUUCCAUUAUGGCCACCCAGAUGUCUUUGAUAGGAUCUUCCAUAUUACUCGUGGUGGAAUGAGCAAGGCUUCUCGUGGAAUCAAUUUGAGCGAGGACAUUUUUGCUGGAUUCAACUCAACGCUAAGGCGUGGAAAUAUUACUCACCAUGAGUAUAUCCAAGUAGGGAAGGGACGAGAUGUUGGGCUUAAUCAAAUCUCCUUGUUUGAAGCAAAAGUAGCAUGUGGAAAUGGGGAGCAGACACUCAGUCGAGAUGUAUACCGUUUAGGACAUCGUUUUGACUUUUUCCGCAUGCUAUCGUGCUACUUCACAACUGUCGGUUUCUAUGUUAGUGCCAUGAUGGUUGUCCUUACAGCAUAUGCUUUUUUGUAUGGAAGGCUUUAUUUGUCUUUAAGCGGUUUAGAGCAGUCAAUAAUAAGAUUUGCUAGGGCAAAGGGAGAAACUCCCUUAAAGGCGGCCAUGGCCUCAGAGUCUGUAGUCCAACUUGGAAUUCUAAUGGCUUUGCCCAUGGUCAUGGAGAUUGGACUGGAGAGAGGAUUCAGAACUGCACUGGGUGAAAUGAUCAUCAUGCAGUUGCAACUAGCAUCUGUUUUCUUCACUUUCUCUCUUGGGACAAAGGUUCAUUACUAUGGUCGUACCAUCCUACAUGGUGGAGCUAAGUACAGAGCAACUGGACGUGGUUUCGUAGUUCGCCAUGAAAAAUUUGCUGAAAAUUAUAGAAUGUAUUCAAGAAGCCAUUUCACGAAGGGGCUAGAGCUUAUGAUGUUGCUUAUAACAUAUCAUCUGUAUGGAUCAGUGCCAUCUAGUUACGGAGCCUUCGUACUUGUGACUGGCUCCAUGUGGUUCUUAGUAAUAUCUUGGUUAUUUGCUCCCUUCAUAUUUAAUCCAUCAGGAUUUGAGUGGCAAAAGAUAGUGGAUGACUGGGAUGAUUGGACAAAAUGGAUAAGUAGUCAUGGAGGUAUUGGGGUACCAGCAACCAAGAGUUGGGAGUCCUGGUGGGAUGAAGAGCAAGAGCACUUCCAAUACACUGGAUUUACGGGACGCUUCUGGGAGAUUGUUCUUUCUCUACGGUUUUUUAUAUAUCAGUAUGGAGUAGUGUAUCAUUUGCAUGUAGCCAAUGACGACACAAGCAUUAUGGUUUAUGGCCUGUCAUGGCUUGUCAUUGUCGCCGUGGUUAUCAUUCUAAAGAUAGUAUCCAUGGGUAAAAAGAAGUUCAGUGCGGAUUACCAGCUGAUGUUCAGACUUCUUAAACUAUUUCUUUUCAUUGGAUUUAUAUCCACAUUGGUGGUCUUCUUCUUAUUCUUAAAUCUGACAGUUGGAGACUUGUUUGUUUGUUUGCUGGCUUUCAUGCCUACUGGAUGGGCUCUUUUAUCUAUUGCAAUAGCAUGUAGGCCAGUAAUGAAAGCCUUGGGAAUGUGGAGCUCAGUCAAAGCCUUGGCGAGAGGUUACGACUACUUCACAGGGAUUUUGAUUUUCUGCCCGGUGGCAAUGUUGGCUUGGUUCCCAUUUAUUUCUGAGUUCCAGACAAGGCUGCUGUUCAAUCAGGCCUUCAGUCGAGGGCUCCAGAUUCAACGGAUUUUGGCUGGAGGGAAGAAGCAGAAGUGAGCCAUUUACGCAGGAAACAUCAUUAUGUUCUCAUUUGAGAGAAAAAGGGUUUUUUCCAGCAAGAAAGAGAAUGUUUCUGGAGUUACCACGCUCGGAAUGCUUUUCUGAGACUGGAGGAUGGCUGAUGUUCUACACCUCAACCACAUAUAGACGAUCAAUCUCUCGGGCACAAGCUCCUCGUCCAGAUUAUCCUAAGCCGAAAAAGUUCCAUGAGGUUGCUUAACAACAAUAUUCAUCAUCUUUUAUUCGUUCUUGAUUUUGUCUCUCAAACAUGAAUUUUACUCUUGUUUCUUUGGACUAUGUAAAUAUGAGUUUCGAGUUCAAUAAAGGUUUUUAUUAUUUCGGAAAA